AACAUAGUCAAUCAACGUAGUCACACGAUACACAACUCACACUUGUGCGUGCUAUAAACUAAGAAGUAAAACCAUUUCUAAUAUAACCAUCAAAUUGUUAAUUUUAUUUUCAUAUUUAUUCUUGAAUUUAAUAAUAUAUUAAAACAAUUAACAUCAUGAACUACAACAACAACAACUACAUGGAUCCACAUGGAAAUAAAAAUAUGUCAGUACCAUUUGGAGCUACAAUUGGUACACCUGCAUCAUUGAGCUAUCCUCAACAACAAGCACCAAUUGGUACACCUUCAAGAUUGAAUUAUCCUCAACAACAAGCACCAAUUGGUACACCUUCAGGAUUAAAUUAUCCUCAACAACAAGCACCAGGAAUGCAUAUGCCAAAUGGAUCUUAUGCACAUCCAUCAGCUCCAUAUCAAUACAAUGCUCCAACUCAACCAGGAUUUUGUACAAAUCCACCAGUUCAUCCAGCAGUAUAUAAUCAACAGAUACCACAUCAGAUGCCACAACAUCAAGGUCAUUAUCCACAACAAGUAAACACUCAUACAGUUGGUGGAUAUACAAAUUAUCCAGCUACUCAGGUACAUCAUCAAGGCCAUCAUAAAGGCCAUCAUCAUGGGCAACAUCAUGGGUUACAUCAUGAUAUGCAUAGCAAUGUUUAUCCUACUCAUGUACCCUUGACCUAUAAACAACAAAAAAAACUUGAAAAAAAAGCUAAAAAGCAACAAAAGAAACGUAUGGGUUCAUCAUCAUCAUCAUCUUCAUCAUCAUCAGAUAGUGAUUAAUUCAUCGAAUGCAUUAAAAUAAAAUUUUAUAAGUAACAAUCAGCUAUUUUAUAAAAGUAAUUGAAAUUUAAAUUGUCAUUGUAUGAAAUAUAAAUUGUCUGUAUAAUUUUAUUUUGAUUGAAUUGAAUUAAAAAUGAUUUAUAUACUUUAUCACUGUUGUUGCAAAUUAUACAUAGAUUUAUUAUAUUAUUUUCAAUGUUUUAUCUAUUUAUAGAUUUAUAUCUAAAUACGAUAAUCUUUAAAAAUAGAAAAAAAAACAUAUUUUAUCAUGAGCGAGAUUGACUCUACCAACAGUGAAAAGUAUUAACAAAUAAAUAAAAAACAACAGUCAAAAAAAAAACAGAAUUAAUUUACAUAAAAACGAUUAUAAAAAUAUAUCAGGAUUUUGUUUUAUAAUUUUUUCGAUUUUGAUAGAAGAAAAAAAAUACGACAAGUAAUAUUUUAUGCAAAUUAAAUUGACGCUCUAUUUUUAUUUUUAAAAUGAAUUCCAAAUAGGUCGUUAUUUUUAUAAAAUAGUCCAAUAAAAAUCGAAAUAAUUCACCAUUUAAAUUUUUAAUUUUAAAAAUUUCCGUGGUAGAAACAUUUCUCUCCGGCAAAAAGUAAAAAAACGUCGAAAUGCCGGCGAAAUAUUUCUACCAGAAUUUACAUGUUAUUUAACAAUAUAAAAUUAAAUUAUUAUCAAAAUUGAAAUUAAAAAAAAUGUAAUAAACAAAAAAUACAAAGUU